AUGACAAUAAUUGGUAGCGCCGCGAAAGAAUGUGCGAGCUCCUGCGGAAUUCAAGAUGUGCACUAUCCCUUUGGAUUGCAAUUUGGAUGCGGAGAUCCCUCUCACUUGCUCAAGUGCACUGGCAACACUCUCGUGCUAACUCUCAACAAUGGCGCUGAUUAUCCCCUCACCAUUCUCUACCCCGAUAGAAAGCUCGAGAUAAGGAGCCCCAGCUCCAUCAGAAAUCUCCUCCCGGACAUCUAUUUCAACAAUUUCUCAGAGUCGUGCAGCCCAAACUUCGUUCCGGCUCGCCGGUGCACAACAGAGUGUCUUGCCUCCAACGUCCCUGCCCCUGAGCCGGCAUCCACAGAGAAAAAUCGCUGCAAUAUCAGGUUCAGACUGCACAAAAACCUACAGCAACGCUCCCAUCUCGCACAAAGGCUGAACGAUUUCGAGGCAAGGCACAUUUACUCCUACAAGGACUUGCACGUUGCAACCCAAGGGUUCAACGAGGGGUUCAAGCUGGGAAGCGGUGGAUUCGGCACGGUUUACAAGGGCAUCUUGCAAGACGGCACCGUGGUUGCCAUCAAACGCAGCAAAAGCUCCGCCAACUUUGGAGUCAUGGACGAGCAGUUCCUCAACGAGAUCACCAUUCUCUCCCAGGUGAACCAUAGGAACCUGGUAAAGCUCAAAGGGUGGUGCAUGGAUACUCGCCGAAACGCCCCUCCACUGCUCGUGUACGAAUACGUCACCAAUGGAACGCUGCUGGAACACUUGCAGUGCAAGCGAGGGGUGGUUCCUCUCGGCUGGGAGCAGCGCCUGCAGAUUGUUAUCGAGACCGCGGAGGCGCUGGCGUACCUCCACUCGGUGGCGGCACCGCCGAUCUACCACCGCGACGUGAAAUCGUCCAACAUUCUCCUGGAUGAUAGCCUGAGUGCCAAGGUCGCCGACUUUGGAAUUUCCAAGCUCGUUGGAACUGGCGAUGCCGCCACCACGCACGUCUCCACGCUCCGGAUCCAAGGCACUCCAGGCUACUGCGAUCCGGAGCUCAUGACCACUUUCAGGCUCACGGACAAGAGCGACGUCUACAGCUUUGGAGUGGUGCUGCUGGAGCUCGUGACGGGGCAAAAGCCGCUGGAUUUUGGGAGGGAAUCGAGCAGGGUGAACUUGGCCUUCUACUCGCUGCCGCUGAUAAGGAUGGAGAUGAUUGAGGAGCUCGUGGAUCCCAAGAUGGGAGUGGUGAGCGCGGUGGAGCGCUGCAGCGUCGCGAGGGUGGCCGCCUUGGCGGACAAGUGCUUGGCCGAGUGUGGAGCGAAUAGACCCAAGAUGAGAGAAGUGGUGGAAGAGCUCACGAGCAUAAGAGAGGAGAUGAGGAGUUUUUUAGACUCGGGAGAAGUGACCUCGCGAGUAUAA